AAUAAACAUAAAUAACUUUUAGUCAACCUUAUUCAAACCAACUUAAUUUACUUAUUUUUAAUGCCCCAAUAACACUCAUAUAUUCUAACGCUCUUCUUAUUUCCGAUCAUAUCAUAGAAUCUCAAAUACAUUUCCUCUACCAUGCGCUAUCACCCUCUCCUCGACACCGCUCCUAGCAGCAUCGCCUCAACCAUUCUUAUUCUCCUUGGCAGCUUCCUCAGCCUCCUUGGCUGCUCAUUCAUCCUCUACAAGCUUUACAAGCUCAAAUACCAGGAUCUGUUCUCCUACUGGCACACCCGCCAUUACCUUAUUUGCAUCCUCGCUGUUACCAACCUCAUAAUGGCAUUGACUGCAUUGGUGUCCGCUGGAUUUUACCUGGUCUUUGGCCAAUUGGCAUCAAAGGCCGGGUGCACAAUAAGUGGGAUGGUCGAGUUCUGGUCACAGCAGGCUGUCGAGAUCUCCACAAUCAUCAUCGCACUCGCAGCCUUUGCUUCAGUGCACCACAGCAACCAAUGGAUGCGGCACCGGCACUGGAUCCAAACCAACAUUGCACCGAUAUUUGGUCUUAUUCUCUUCCUCCCACUAGUCACCACAGUGGCAUCGCAGAUCAUCUGGCGUUUCCGCUCGUCCGAGUUCGCCUACUGCUGGAUCCCGCGCUUCUCUCUUCACGCCCGCUGGCUCGCCACCGACGGCUGGCGCACACUCACCAUCCUGGGCCUCAUAUGCGCCUAUGUAAAAUUGGCCCGCACUUUAAGCAACAGGCGCAAUGGGCGCCCAAAGCUAAAGAUCUCGUGGCCGCUCGGCUCGCCUGGCGAGAAGGAUCGGGGAAGGGGCGAGUGCAUUGAUAGUGCCGGCGCGUCAAGAGUUGCUGGUGAUAAGAAUGACCAAAGGGGGCUAUUCAGCCAGUCAAUGUUCAACAUGCAUCGGUGGGCGAGAUCCGUUGUUUCGAGGCAUCCCGAGGACAGCAGCACCGCGCGGCAGCAGCAUGAGGAGGAGGCAGGUAUCCGCCAAAUGAGCAGCAGAAGCACUGGUGGCGGCGGGUUCUCGCGCACAUAUGAGCAGUUCAAGCGGUCGCUAGGCAGCACUUUCACGCGGCACAUCCACACGGACAUUCCCAGCCCAACCAUCCCGCCGAGCAUCUUUGAUUCGAUCGGCAGCAAACCAGCCACAAGCAGAGGCCAUCCGGCAGCCUCUACGUGCAACUUUUGCUCAUCUUCAGGUCCUUCAUUGUGCCGGUCGCGCAAGGAGUCCACCACAACAGCGGCUGGUGGCGAGCGCGGUCUGCGCCACUGGUACUCUGCACUCUCCCACCUCCUACUCCACAACCACAACCACCACCAGCAUGAGCAGCAGGGGCCCGGUAGACCGUCGGUGCCCCGUCCGUAUGCUCUGCGCCGGUCGCACACUGCGCCAGUGCAGACUGCCGACGAAAUGGGCUUUUCCGCUCGCAGCCCGCAGGUUGAUUCGCCGAUCUACCCCGGAUCAACCGUCAUGGAGUCUCCCGGCGUGUUCCCCAGCGCAGACUACAACUCCAAACAUCACCAGCAGAACAAUCUUACUUUGUGUCCGACUGAUCCACGCGACCAAGUGCCGCGCAUUCUCCAGCCCAAAACCCACCACCUUGCGCGGGCAGGCGCCCCCAACCACCACCAUUACUUGUCGGACAAGAUCCAGGAGAUGUUCGGCUCGGCGACGCUCGAGGUGCCGACGCCGGCCAUCCACCGCGUCAGCAUCCACCGCCACCAGCCCUCUGCAGUGCAGGCUGCCGAAGGCGAAGGGUACUGGGCGGAAACUGUCGAAAAGUACCGCUCUGACAGAUCCCCCACUAGCACCUCCUCGUCUGCACCCAACCCGGCUCUGUUCCCCAGUGUUUCCCGGCUUUACGUCUACCCGCUCGCCUACAUUAUCCUCUGGCUGCCAUCCAUUGUUUAUUAUAUUAUGUCUACGUACAUCUACUACCAGGCAUUCCAGGCGCCAGAGCUCGAUAAUCACACCGGUGGGCUGGUGCUGGGCAAGAGGGAGAUGGUGAGCUUUGGCGAGUUGCCUGGGAAGUGGUCCGAGGGGAAUAUGAGCAGGGCAUGGCCGUAUUUGGCCCAUGCCACCAAGGGCGUCAGGGGCAGCCAGGCACUUGGAUGGCUAGCUGUUGUCCAGGCGCUGCAUAUGCUUGGCGGCCUUGUUAAUGCGAUUUUGUUUUGGAUUACUGAGCAAGAUUAAAUAAAUGAAACUGUUUUUACA